AGUACAAAACAGACAAGAUACUCAUUUCAAACAAAUGAUCAGAAUGGAAGGAUCAGCAACAGAAGAGAAAGGUUCCCCCAAUGGGUUAACAAAGAGACCAUCAACAGUUUCCUUCACAAACGAGAUUCAUACCAACGGAAGGGAGCACCAAGGAUCUGUGACAUCGUUUCGAAAUUCCUCUACAGCCCCACUCUACAGUUCAAAAGAACUCCUGAAACAAGGACUCGUAGAGAAAUAUACAUCAUGUCGCUGGAUGGUGACGUUUUCUUGUUUUAUUAUCGUCACGUGUUCUAUUAUGUUACGUCAGUGCAUGAGUAUGGCAGUCGUCUGCAUGGAAUCUAAUUACAACGCUGCUACAAACUUUGCUGACAUGAGAAACUACUCAAAUGUAACAAGAAAUUUGACAACACAGAGAGGGCUUUGGGACAUUGUUUGGGACAAUGAAAUGGAGGGGCUGAUUUUACAAUCCUAUUUCUACACUUUUCCCAUCACGCCUCUCAUUGGCGGGUAUCUGUCCGGGAGAUUUAGCGGGAAGAUGGUAGUGAUUGUCAUGACGCUGUGUCUGAUUUCCUUGUCUGUCGUCACACCUAUUGCUGCGACAGUCAGUCCUUACAUUGUAGUGGUCUUACGUUGUUUGAUAGGGUUAUCCUCG